AAAUUACUCUUAUUUUUGUAGUAACUUCUGAUAAUGUAUUAUUUAUUUUGUGUGAAAUUUUCCGUCUUUCAACUUAUCUGACUUUUACAGUUGAGCGAAAUUAUUCGUACGAAUGGACACUGGCUGCGAUAAAGAAACCAUAUCUCGUAACACUCGAUGAAUCUGAAAAUAAAAUGAUAGGAGGACAUCGAUUCCGAGUUAUCAAAGUUCUUCAGGAUAAAUUACAAUUUCGUUAUUCCAUUGCUAAGCCAGUUGACGAUUACUUCGGAGGAUUAAGCGAAAAUGGAACAUGGACGGAAAUGAUUGGAAAAAUUGCCAGACAAGAUGUGGAUAUGGGAAUAAUCCCGUUCUUUAUAAGUUUUGAUUUGUUCUCCUCAAUGCAGUUUUCUGCAACGGUUGGAUAUCAUAACAUAGUGUUUGUUGUUAAAGCUCCUGAAAAACUAUCCAACUGGGGUUCGAUUAUAGCUCCAUUUUCUCUUACGGUGUGGAUCUCUUUGUUUGUUUGCCUGAUUGCGUUUGGAUUAGCGUUACACAAAGUGUUAGAACUAGACUUUUCCUUGCAAGGUACAAAAAUAUUUUUGAGAAGAAGUACGGUCUUUUGGAAUUUGUUUUGUACCUUUGUAAAUGAAGGAAUGAAUCUGUACUUUAUAAGGAGGUUUCCAUCAAGAUUUUUAAUAGGAAUAUGGUGGUUAUCAAUCGUUGUCAUUGUAUCUAGUUAUAGCGGCACUCUAAUGUCGUUUUUGACUUAUCCCUUGACUGAAGCUGUUCCGAGAACUAUAGAAGAAUUAUCAAAUUCCGUUCUUACAAAUGAAUAUUCUUGUGGAACUAUCGGUAAAUCCACGAUAUGGAGAUCAAUACAUAGUUCCAAAUUGAAAAGUUCUGAAAUUAUAAGUAACCACAUAAUACAAAACAACAACUUUCUUGGUUUAUCAGAAGCAAUGGGAAAACUGCAGAAAGAAAGAUUUGCUUUAAUAUACAGUGAUUAUGUAAUAAAAAAGUAUAUCCCGAAAGAAGACUUAAACAAAUACGUAUUUUCGAAUGACAAAUUCUCUACAUUUAUGGAAGCUUAUGCGAUGAAGAAAGGUUUUCCAUUUACAAAUCAAAUAAAUAAAAUAAUUCGUCGUUUAUUUGAAUCCGGAAUUAUCGAAAAAAUCGAUUACAGUGAAAAUUCUCGUGUGUUCCAAACUUCAGAAUUACACGAGUUAUCUGUCGAUGAUGUAAUCAGUCCUAUAUUAUUACUUAUAUUAGGCUACAUUUUGUCUCUUCUGUGCUUAUUUAUUGAAAUGAUUUAUUUGAAAUUAUUUUGUGUUUAACGAUGGGAGAAAUCUGAUGACCCGGAUUUAUUUAUUCUAUUCAAUUUUUUCUCUGCUUAUAAAAAAUGAGCGUAAAUAUAAAAUCUGUUUCCUUUUAGGCAAUAAUCUGUUUAUAUUCAAUCCAUAAAUAAAAUCAACAGUAUGAGCAAACCGACACA